CUGAGGAUUUUUUAGUGUUACCCAACCUUGGUGGAACAAAGCCUGCUUGCAUUUACCCUAUCUAUACCCCCUCAUAAUUUUGUGCAACGACCUGGGAAUGGUUUCACUGCUAAUGUAAUCAUUUCUCUGUACUGAAGUGUCUGGGUUAUGACUAGAGAUAACAGGGGGCUUUAGAAUGUGUGCUGGCCAAUGAGGGAGAUGUUUUUCAUUCUUGUGGGCCUGAGAGAAGGUUUCACAGUCUUUUGUUUGGUGGAAGAUGGAGCGAGAAGUUGCCAGAACGGAGAGGUCGUAGACUGCAGGACGGAGUGGACUUGGAAUGGGGUCGGGAGUCGAGGACGCUUGGGGGGAAAUCGAUGGAGAACGAACAGACGGAAAACAAAACUGGCCUGGCCGGAACACAAGUCUGAAUGCAAGUGUUUGAGAAGCAUCUAUCCUCAAGUCCCAACCGACAUGGUUAGGCUGGUUGCGAGGAUAAUCUUCAAACUGAUGAGUGGGUUGCCCUGCCCUUCCGAGGAGCUGUACUCUGUGUCGGAUCUUCAGUCCAAUGUCAAAAGGAUGAGUGAAGAAAUGAAAGAAGGCCUUGGGCAACUUGCAGCUAUGCUGCAGGUUUAUAUGAAAGAAGAAAUUCACAAUGCAUCCCAGCUGGUUCCUGGUUUUAAUCUUCUUCACCUCUUUGGUCAAGUGACGUGCAACUCUUUCACUGUCAGUGACGGCGAGAUGCAGGAAGCUGGUGUUGGCCUCUAUCCCAGCAUGUCUCUGCUAAACCACAGCUGUGACCCAAACUGCGUGAUGGUCUUCGAAGGGAAACUGCUCCAGCUUCGUGCCAUUCAAGAUAUUCGUCAGGAUGAAGAGCUGACGAUCAGUUAUAUCGAUGUCAUGGCAACAAGCCAGGAACGACGGAGACUGACGGAGAGGCAGUACUGCUUUACAUGUGACUGCAGACUCUGUGAGACCGGACACAAGGAUGCUGAUCGGCUGGCGGGUGACGAGCGCUUCUGGACACAAGCCAAGGACGCCAUUCCGAAAGUGGAAGAAUUGCAGGCUGCUGCACACUGGGAGCAGCUUGUGGACACCUGCCGAACUUUUACAAGUAAGAGUCAAGAUGUCCUUCCAGACACAAACCUCUAUAUGCUCAAGAUGCUUGAUGCCACCAUGGAUGCUUGUAUUAACCUCGGUCGGUGGGAGGAGGCCUUGUCCUUCGGCCUGAGGACCCUGCAUCCCUAUCAGUCGUACUACCGCGGCCCUCACCCCGUGAGAGGAGUGCAGCUGAUGAGAGUGGGGAAGCUACAGCAUCACCUGGGGAUGCUACGCCAAGCGCUGGGCACUCUAAAGCAGGCAUUUGACAUUUUGAAGGUGACCCACGGAAGAGAACAUCCUUUGACCAGGAACCUGCAGCAGAUUCUGGCAGACUGUGAGGCAGAACUCAACAGCAAACUGGAUUAGAUGUGAAUACCAGCUCUGUGUGUGUGUGUGUGUGUGUGUGUGUGUGUGUGUGUGUGUGUGUGUGCGUGUGUGUGCGUGUGAGUGUGUGUGUGUGUGUGCGUGUGUGUGUGUGUGUGCGUGUGUGUGUGUGUCUGUGCGUGUGUGGGCGUGUGUGCGUGUGUGUGUGUGUGUGUGUGUGUGUCUGUGUGUGCGCGCACGUGUGUGUAAGUGUGUGUGCGCGUGUGUGUGUGUGUGUGUGUGUGUGUGUCUGUGCGUGUGUGGGCGUGUGUGUGUGUGUGUGUGCGUGUGUGUGUGUGUCUGUGCGUGUGUGUGUGUGUGUGUGUGUGUGUGUGUGUGUGUGUGUGUGUACAUCCACACACUGACAUGCACCUACAAGUGUGGCCCAGCAUAUGUGCCUACAACUGUUUUGCGCAGACACAUGCACCCAUACGUACAAAUACCUGGCUGUGUGAGUAAGCCUCAAGUAGCCUUAAUGCUGGACCAAAGCAAAGAAAGAGAGAAGUACGUAGUUACUUAAGAAAAUGUGGAAACUACUCAGCAGGUGAGGCAGCCUCUGUGGAAACGGAAACAGUUAAUGUUUCAGGACUGGGACUGUUCAUCAGAACUGACCCUUCACCAGUCGUAAUGUAGGAUGUCAGACCUCAAACAUUAACAGUUUUUACAUCCACAGAUCUGGUGAGUACUUGCAGCAUUUUCCGUUUCUCUUUUAGAUCUCCAGUGUCAGCGUUUUGAUUGCAAGACUAAAACAAGAAGAUGAAAUAGAUUGUAUUAAAUUCCAUGGUGACGUACGAGCAUUCCCCAUUGGCAUAAUGGACACUGAGUAAACUGAGUUCAUAAAAGUUGUGGGUGGCCUUUCCACCACUUGUGUUAUGAUUAAAUCCCAUCCCAUUGGUUCAGUUUGUGUCACCCCUUGGGGAGGGCCUGGGGAAAGCUUCCCUAGCCUCCUAGAUGUCAUGGAGAUAAGGUUCCUUGAGGCAAAACCGAGCCAGCCAAAGGUAAAAGGCUCUGAGACCUGUUAUAACCCAUCUUCUUUCCUCUGUUUGUGUGCUUUGAUUUCAAUAAACAAACUACUGAGAUUGCCCAUUUCUUUCUGACCCGGUGAAUGAAUGGUCCAAAGAGAAGAAGGGUUUAACCAAAUUCAAGAGACUGCAAUAUCACAGCUUUGAAAAACGUUAUCAGGUCUGCUCAUCAUUCAGGCUGUACGGUGAGGAAUCCCACCUUCUUACCUGCGAUAUAUAGAAAGGCCGAGAUACAGUCGAUGUAGAAAAGAUGUUUCCUUUAGUGAGGGAGUCGAGGACCAGAGGGCACAACCUUGGAAUACAAGGAUGUCCCUUUGAAACAGAGAUGAGGAGGAAUUUCCUUAGCCCAGGAGGUGGUGAAUCUGCGAAUUUCUUUGCCACAGAUGGUUGUGGAGGUUGAUAGGUUCUUGAUUAGUAAGGGCAUAAAAGGUAAUGGGGAAAAGGCAGGAGAAUGCAGUUGAGAGAGAUAAUGAAUCGUCGAUGA